CGGACGUGACGUAGGACGGAGAGGCGCUGCGCAGGCCGGAAGCCUGGCAGGCGGCGAAAAUGGCGGAGAGUAGCGGUCGCGCCGGCAAGAGCAGCGGGAGCGGUGCGGGGAAGGGGGCGGUGUCGGCCGAACAGGUAAUUGCUGGCUUUAACCGCCUUCGGCAAGAACAGCGGGGCCUAGCAUCUAAAGCAGCUGAGCUGGAGAUGGAAUUGAAUGAGCACAGCCUAGUGAUUGACACACUGAAGGAGGUAGAUGAGACUCGCAAGUGCUUCCGCAUGGUUGGAGGUGUGCUGGUGGAGCGGACUGUCAAAGAGGUGCUGCCUGCCUUGGAGAAUAACAAGGAGCAGAAGGGAGAGGAGAAGCCUGAGAGGCAGCUCCACUGCCCAGCUACUUCUAGUUCAUUUGCCCUGCAGAUACAGAAAAUCAUCGAGACGCUGACCCAGCAGCUUCAGGCAAAGGGAAAAGAACUCAAUGAAUUCCGGGAAAAGCACAACAUUCGUCUCAUGGGAGAAGAUGAGAAGCCAGCAGCCAAGGAAAAUUCGGAAGGGGCUGGGGCUAAGGCCAGCUCAGCUGGAGUGUUGGUCUCUUAGGGAUCAGGCCUCUGCAUUUUUUCUACCCUGACUCCCACUUCUGAUUUCUCUUUAUUAUUAUUAUUAUUAUUUUCUCUGCUAUUGUAAUAUUUUUUUGUUGUUAAUUAAAUGUUUUGGUCAGAA